AUGCUCGUGCCGUUGACUGCCAUCGUGACCUCGUCGCUGCCCGUCGCAGCCGCCCUCGCCUUCUGCGCCAAGGAUCGCAAUACGGUGAGCACAGCAGACGUUUCGCAACCGCACAAAUCUUGCACGUUAGUUGCGAAACAAGGUUUCACACUUUGCAACGUUUCGAUGCUAAUACGAACUCUUUCUUCCCGAUACACUCUUUCUUAUUCUCAGGUGCACGCGAAGAACAAGAACAAAUCGAAGAGCGAAAAGUCUGGCCGUUCGUCGAAAAGCUCAAAGGGAGCCAAGAACUCGAAAUCGCACCGUUCCGGAUCGAAAUCAAAGCGCUCGACGUCUCGCCGUUCGAAGCGUGGUGACGCGUCGAAAAAGCACGGAAAAUCGACGAAGACGGCGAAAUCGAUCAAGGGAAAGAGGGAUGGGUCGGGCAAGAAGGGCGCCGUUGCUCCGGGAUCUUCUUCCGCUUCCAACUCGGAGGCGUCGGUGAAGUCGUCGAAGUCGUCGGCCAAGUCGAAGAGUUCGCGGGGAUCGAAGAGCUCGAAGAGCUCGAAGAGCCGUCGCACCCGCCGUCUCGACUCGGACGCCCAGAAAAAGAUGGAGAAGUCGGCCAAGGUCCUGGCGCAGGCUCCCGGAGCCGCCGCUUUCGGUGCCGCUCCCCCUCAAUCGGUUAGUUGUUCUUUACAAUUUUGUACACAAUUUUGAGAGGCGAAAGGACGAAUUGUUUCAGAAGUUGGCGUCGGAGUGCGGGGGCGUCGUGGCGUCGCGCAGUCUGGCCGAAGAGGUGAACGCGAUCAAGCACUCGUCGCAGAUGGCGGUGGUCCCCGCCCGCCUCCAGUACCAGCCGAUUGGCGGCGUCAGUCAGCUCGAACUCAAAAACACGUCGGCCGAGCGGAAGGCGUUCAAAUUGAAGUGCUCGGACAAUGCGCUCUAUCGCGUGAACCCGGUGUACGGAAUUGCGGAGCCGCGCUCGUCGGUCACGAUUGACGUGCUCCGUCUGAAUGGCGAGGAGAAGACGGACAAGUUGGUGCUCAUCACCGCCAGUGUCAGUUUUUUUUUUGGAAAUUUGAUGGAAUAAUUACCUGUCAGCCACGAUCGGAGCAUCGCAGACCUCUUUGCGAAUUUUUAAAAGCGCUUUUUGAAACUGUAGAAGAAUUUUUAAAAAUUUGCAGGCGAAGGGCGUUUCGGACCCGCGAGAGGCGUUCGCGAAGUCGUCUCCGUCGGAGCACCCGCAAAUGAUGGUGGUGCCGCUGGUGGCGGCUUGA